AUGCCUGCAAAGUUUACCCGCCAUUCGCAUCGUGCGAGGAUCGGUCGUAAGAGCGAUGAGACUGUGCCACUUGCCCGUCCGCGUCAAGUACUGAUUGCCCAGCUGGAUAGAGAUCCACGUCGAGCUGCCAACAUGUUUGUACUCGUGUAG